GCACAACAAGAGAAGUGAGAACACAGGAGGUUGUAUGCACAACACCCAGGACCACACAACCCUCCGAGGAGCGCUCCGGCUUUCUGAAGCCUCUGCAUCCACUUUAACACCCAGCAAAAUGCCCAAAAGUGUUUCAAUAUCUAAACAACUGGCUUCAAUAAAAGCCUUGAAGAAAGGCUCAGACCUCGAGAAAGCCAUUGCUACUCUUGCUCUGAUUUUCAGAGACUCUUCCGACCCUGAUGGGAAACUUGGGAAAGCCACUGCCAAGAAUCUGCUACAAACCCAAUUCAGGAAUUUCACAGAGGGAGAAGAAACCAAGGUAAAGUACCAAGACAUCCUUUCUGAGCUGGAUGAACACACAGAAAACAAGCUGGAUUUCGAGGACUUUGUGAUCCUGCUUCUGAGCCUUGCCAUCAUGUCGGAUCUGCUACAAAAUAUAUUGAGUGUAGGAACUUCAUGAUCCUGCUCCUGAGCCUUGACAUCAUGUUGGAUCUGCUACAAAAUAUACUGAGUGUAAAAAUUACAAAAUGAACAACUUUAAAUAUGUGAAUGGACAAAAUAAUCACAAAAGCAGGUGCCACAUGAUGAAAGAUGUUCCAUUCUGAUAUGUAAUGAGUGUGGGAUAGUUCACACUGGUGACUGGUGACAUUCAUUCAGUGUAACUCCAAACAUUUCAACACUCUUCAGAAAUGUUCAAAUAAUAUAAUUUUCAACAUGAUAAAUUAAUUGGAUGCCACUUUUAAUGAGUGAGUAGUAACUUAGAGAUUUUUCUACUGAAGGUAAAAUCAUAUUUAUUCAUUGAUCAUACAAUGGUAUUUGUGAGCAUUUACUUAGUAACAUUGUUAAAAAUACAGUAACAAAUGACCAGAUAACUUCUUCCCUUGCUCAUAUUUGCAUAAUUCUAGAAGAAGAAGAACUAGAUAUACAACAAUAAUGUGU